AUGGGACAAGUCGCGUGCUGCUGCGCCCACGGACCGACGAUGCCGGCCGACGAGGCGGACGAGAAGGCCAUGUCGCUGUAUCGGCCGCCGCAGGCUACGAUCGCGCCGUUGGACACGCUCAGUCCGCUCCCGCCGAGCUGGUUUCGCCGCCUUGACAAGUACAUUCAUGGCAACGGCCUCCGCGCGAUCGACGUCUUUGCCGCCAUGGACCUCAACCAGAACAAGCGCAUCUCGCUCGACGAGCUCCUCGAUGGGCUGCACCAAAUCAACUUUGGCGUCUCGGACGACGACGUGGCCGACCUUCGUCGUUGGAUGGCGUCGCUCGACGACGACGGCGUCACGUUUAAAGAGUUUACGCUUGCGCUCAAGCUCCGCGCGUCCAAGACAUCACCGCCCAAGACCCAACAGCAACGCCGUCUCUCUACCGGCGCCAAGAAGCUCCUCGCGCCGUCCGAGACAUGA